AUGCAGUGCUCCUCGAAAUUCGGCGACAGGGACUUCAUGAGUAAAACAGCGAAAUUCCGAGAGGCUCUCGCACGAGCCAAGUCGAUAAUAGCCCUGACUGGCGCUGGAACUUCGGCUGAGAGCGGGGUGCCGACCUUCAGAGGUGCAGGCGGUCUGUGGAGAACUCAUCAAGCAACUGAAUUGGCGACGAAUGCCGCUUUCACGAGAGAUCCAGUUCUGGUGUGGCAGUUCUAUCACUAUCGGAGAGAGCUGGUGUUCUCAAAGAAUCCAAAUCCCGCUCAUCAUGCGUUGGCCGACUUCGAAGAGAAAUGCAAGCACUCCGGUAAGCAGUUCCACCUCAUCACUCAGAACGUCGACGGCCUGCACCAGCGUGCCGGAUCGCAGAACGUAUUGGAGCUCCACGGAUCGCUGUACAAGGUACGCUGCACAGUCUGCCAUAAAGUGACCGAAAAUCAGGAUAGUCCGAUCUGCGAGGGAUUGGCCGGACAGACGACCACUUUGGAAGAGCUCCCGCACUGUGAAUGCGGGGGACUUCUGAGGCCGCACAUCGUUUGGUUCGGCGAAAGCCUCGAGGAUGACGUUCUCAAGAAAGUUGGACAGGCUCUCGACAGAUGCGAUUGUUGUAUGGUGAUCGGAACGUCGAGCGUUGUCUAUCCAGCGGCCAUGUUCGCUCCCGAACUCGCUCGGAGAGGAGUUCCGGUCGCUGAAUUCAACUUGGAGUCCACUCCUGAGACCGGGAGUUUCCAAUUCGUCUUCGAAGGUCCUGCGGGGAAAACUCUACCGGCAAUACUGGAAUCAUUCGAGCGAAACCUCUGAAUGGAGCCUUCGCUCGACGCUGAAACUUGGCCGAUUCGAUAAACGCCCAUUCGUCCAUGCGCUCCGGAAGGAGUUUGACAAUUGUUUGCGAGCUCUCUCAAGCGUUUCGAGGGACUCCGCCAAUCGAGUCCCGCUAGAAAGAUUUCCAUUGUGUCGCUAGAUCUCCGAGAAUCCUCUGUCUCAUACACUGCGUGGGGGCAUUAUAUUAUGCGCUCGGAUUCGAGAUGAGGUUUCGUCUCGCGACUCUUGGCUCUGAACUCCUGUAUACUCAGGAGAUCCGUUCGAGAGCGAAGACGGAA